GGAUCUGUGGAUUUGGCAAAAAUGAGAUCCAGAUUGUUAUGCAAGGAGAGCGCACUCUUUGUACUGAUCCUCGAACGCCCAACUUGCUUGUUCAAAGCAUGAAUGGCAAGGAAUCUCACAUAAGGAAAUCGCUGCACACCAUAGGGAGGAAGCUCAUCAAUGGAUUUGAAAGGAGGAACCAAAGAAAUGUGACAGAAGCUCGUUCACCUGUCAGAGGCUCUACUACUUGCAUUAAAAAUGGGGUAUUGGCAAUUGCAGCCAACACACGGACACAAAAUGGAGUAUUGGCAAUUGCAGCCAACACACGGACACAAAAUGGAGUAUUCGCAAUUGCAGCCAACACACGGACACUUAGGAGACAAUCACUAACAGGUGCUGGUUCAGACCAGUCUCGCCGGUCUUCUCUGGGUGGCAAGUCCACUAAUUCCAAUGUAAAAGACACAAGGAAUGCCAAGACGCCUCCUCCAGUCCACCCAUUAUCUACGAUAGCAAAGCGUUGGCUGUAGCUAUAGAUGGCGAAAUUUAGUGUUCAAUGACCAGCGAAGUGAUGCUUUGACUCGAAGCUGACUGAAGUUUUGACAUGAUAGAUGAGACACUGAGAAUUGACGAGGGAAAGACUGAAGAGUUAGCCAACAAACGCAAUAGCAAUUUUUGGUUUAACACACUGCUUAUGUACAUAUUGACACAAGUUCUUCAAAUAAUGCCCGAAAUUUCUAUGGGAA